GGCUGCGGGGGCGUGGGCCGUAGAGGGUGCCCCCGAGACGAUCCCGGGGCUGCUGCCGGUUUCCGGGCUUCGCUUCGAGACUUGCCUGUGAGCCUCUUUCGCUGCCCGGGAGCCUCGGGCUACGGGCUGGGAGUGAGCAAUCUAUAAAGGAGCAUGUACUUCCUCCUCUUUCUUAGAAGGCCUUGGAAAAACCUCAAGUCCGACCUUUAAAGUUUGUCAGUGUAGCCGCCUCUCAGUUGUGUACGAGACGGGACACAGCAUUUGCAGUUUGAUGUCCUGGGAGAACUCGCAGUCUGCCACUUGGCUGGACCUGUGAUCUUUUGUACCGUAGUUUGUUUACUGCAGCCUCGGUUUCCUUUUCUGAAAAGUGGGGAUAAUGGUCUUUGCCCUGCUGCCUUCCAGGGUUGUUGUGGGCUUCACCAGAAGUGAUAUUCGUGCAAAAGCUUUGAACUCUAAAGCGUGUUUCAGGUAUAACCUUGUCCUCCAGUCUCCAGUCUGGGUCAGUUGAGUUUUAAAACCAAGUUCGUGUCUAUACCAAGAUCAAAUUAGUUAAUAAGUAGGGGGAAAUGUCUUUGGAAACGAAUCUGAACCAUACAAAUGUUUUUAUGCCAGGUUCCUAGUGAAGAGGUGACCUUAGGGCGUUGCCACCUGUGGAGUCGAUUUAAAACUUCAUCUGGAUUUUAAGGCCCACCAGAAUUUAGACUCUUCUUCCUCAGCACGCACAACUGUCUACCCCUCUUGUUGUGUUAUAACUUUCCUUCAGCAUCACGCAGGUGAGGCUGCUGUCGGUUAGAAAGGAACUUUUGUACAAUUUGCCUUCAGACACAGUGUAUCUGCAUGUUGUAGAGUUUUGUUAUUAAGAAAAUAAAAUGUCACUUAUAUGGAUAAGUGUGUGAAAGAGAUUAUCUGCCCUUAAGAAACUUACGGAGUGUGAGAUGACAUUCAUAAAUGAAACAUUUGAAUAAGAGUAUAAAGUAAUAUAUAACGACAGUGAUAUAAUGGCACUGAGAUAUCUCAGUUUUAACAUAACUCUUUUAAGGAGGGCAUUAGACAUUAUCAAGGAGGGCAUUUCAGAAGUUGGAAGGAGCAGACAAGGAGGCCAUCCUUCCCAGAAUGGAGAAUUUGUGUCUUAGAAUGAUAGAAAUAUUAUUGAAAUAGUAGAUUGACAUCAAAUCAUGGAAAAUCUUGAAUGCAAGAUGGUUUUACUCAGCAUUUGGUGUGGUGGAUCUUACCUAAACCUUUAGAACUUGUAUUAGAGUGUUCAAGUCUUCUGAGACUCCAGAGUCACCUAAGGUCCUUAUAUUCCUUUACAAAUGGACAUAUAUACUGCCGAAUGGAAGGACCAUGGCAUCUCUUAGUAUUGUGAGUUUGUAAGUAGACCAGUGAGAAUAAAGAAUAUUCUUCAUAGUAUAGUGAAACCAAGGAAAUAUAAAGAAAUGAUUUGAAAUCUAGAGCCUUCCACAGUUUCAAACAUACGUAAAAAACCUGUAUUUUCGAGAAAAAAGAAAAAGAUUGUGGUGGUGCCAUGCAGCAAGAAGCAGAGAGGUGCAGAGUUCGAGCCAGAAGGCCUGACAUGGCACUUUAUAUACCAAAAGCUCGAAGGGGUGCAGUACUCCUUAAGACAGGUGAUCAAGAAGAAAGCUGUGGUUCACCUAACUCUGUGGUGAAAGGAAAGCAAAAAGAAAGUUCUCUCUCCCAAAAAGAAGUCUUUAGAGACAAACCAGAGGCUCCAAGAGUAAGUGUCAAUCCUGACAGAAAGGAACAUACCUGUAGAGAAGGAAAGAAAUCUUCAACAAAAUUAAGAAAGGAUACCUGCCUUCGAAAAACAAAUAGCAUUUGUUCUAAGAGAGGAACCACUGAAUCCAAAGAAGUAUUAUCCCAGGGACAUCAGCAGGGAGCCCCAAAUGCUGGGGCUAUACCUAAUGCAUCUUUACAGAGACAUUUUAAACCAAAGAAGGGGGAGUGUUUGGAAGUUGAAACUACAGAUGUGACAGGGCAUGGGAGUAUACUUCUAUCACAGGCCUGUUCAGAAAUCAGUGAGGCUCAGUUUCCAAGCAAACCAUUCCAAAAUGUGGAAUUCCAUGACUUCGAUAGGCAUGAACCUGAUGGGGAAACAUUUGAAGACAAAGAUUUGGAAAGCAGAAUUGAAACCGAUGCCAAGGUGUUAGAGAUACUGUCUGAGUUUCCUAGAGUUUUUAGUUCUGUAAUGAAACCUGAGAAUAUGAUUGCACCAACUAAACUAAGUGCUGAUUCUGGAAUUGUACAACAAGGCAUGCAAACAUCAGAUGGAAUAUUGAAGCCCAGCAGUGGAGGCAUCACCACUACUUCUGUUCCUGGAAGUCCAGAUGGUGUCUUUGAUCAAACUUGCAUAGAUUUUGAAGCUGAGAAUGUAGGUGGUAUAGCCAGUAGUACAGGUUUCAUCUUAGAUCAGAAAGAUACAGAUUCCAUUUCUGAAACUGUGGGUCACGUCUCUCAUAAAAUGACUACAGUCAGCAAAUUAGAGAGCACAAAUGACACUGUUAGUCCAGUAAUGAUUAGAGAAUGUGAGAAGAAUGACAGCACUGCUGAUGAGUUACAUGUGAAGCAUGAACCUCCUGAUGCAGUUGUCCUUGCUCAUGAAACACGUAGGGACAAUGGGUUUAAGAAUGUAGCUGACAUUACCAAUAAAGCAUGUAUGAUGGACACUACAGGUAUGUCCUGUAGUGAUCAUGUAACUGUUGACAUCCCUUAUGUAGUUGCAGUUAGAAUAGCUGAUGAGACCUCCAAUAAUAAACAUAAUUUCUCAAAGUUUAUAGGAAUGAGUGCAGAGGCAACCCCUCUUCAUGUAGCUAGAAGUGGGAAUGAUACUGAAAAUUUCAGCAACCUGACUGCUUGCUCAGAUAUUUAUGCUGAGAGUAUUUCAUCUCGUUUUACAGAGUCAACAGGAAAGUUGAUAGAGAGCUUGUCAGAUUGUGCUUCCUCCUUACCUAUAAAAAAGAUUGCUGGUAGUGAUUAUAAAACUUUUUUGGACUCUGAACUCAGUAUGUUAAAUGGGACAAAAGUACUUUCCGACAGUACCAUGGGCAGUGAUCUGGGUAGUACUGGUGAUACAACAGAAGCAUUGCAUGAAGUAAGAACUGCUGAAGAGUUCAAAACAAAAGAGCAAGAUGACUCAGAGGAUAUAGAAUUUGGUAUAUCUACUACUAAUAGGGAAUCAUUAUCUAUGGAAACAUCCAUUGAACCAAAAGCAACCGAAACUUCUCACACAGAGGGAAGUACUGCGACUGAGGAGAGCUGGGAGUCUAUGUUUAAUGAUGAUGGUGACUGCCUGGAUCCACGUCUUCUGCAAGAGUUAUCAGGGAAUACGAAGAGCAGAGAAAGCAUCCAGGAACCUAGAUUUGAUUACUACAACCAUAAAGUUCCCGAUAUUGACCUCAGUGAUUGUGAAUUCCCACAUGUCAUUGAAAUUUACGACUUUCCCCAAGAAUUUCGUACUGAAGACCUUCUACGGAUUUUCUGUAGUUAUCAAAAGAAAGGAUUUGAUAUUAAAUGGGUGGAUGAUACACAUGCCCUAGGAGUAUUCUCCAGUCCAAUUACAGCUCGUGAUGCAUUGGGUAUUAAACACACCAUGGUAAAGAUUCGUCCCUUGUCACAGGCCACAAGAGCAGCCAAGGCCAAAGCUAGAGCUUAUGCUGAGUUCCUCCAGCCAGCAAAGGAGCGUCCUGAGACUUCAGCAGCCCUAGCCAGAAGGUUAGUCAUCAGUGCCCUUGGGGUUCGAAGUAAGCAGAGCAAAACCGAACGAGAAGCAGAGCUCAAGAAACUGCAAGAAGCCAGAGAGAGAAAGCGGUUGGAAGCCAAGCAGCGGGAAGACAUCUGGGAAGGCAGAGAUCAAUCUGCAGUUUGAACAUCACUCAUUGAAAGGGAUAAUUUCAUGAAUCAGAAAAUGUUUCCAUAGUCGUCAGAUAAGAGGAUCUUUCCAGAGCUCUGACUACAUGCAGAUGUGCAUGUUAAAGAGAUAAAGUGAUCAAGACAAGGACUGAAUGGGGAUAGGAGGAAGACAGACUCCUGUCUUCACUCCUAAAUACAGUACUUCGGAAUCACCCUACUAUGGUGGGCAUAGCAGGGAGCCAUCAGCUAGGAAGAAACAUGGAAGAUGUGACUUCUAAGAGUCCCCUGGACACGGCAAGUCAUGUUAGCGUGGGUCACACAUCCAAGAUGUUGAAAGCAAAUACAAAACAGAACAGAGGAUUUAAACCUGCAAGGAUGGGCGAUUUAGGCCCUGCAAAGGCAGAGCAUUCCUUAGUACCUCACAAGACAGAAUAAUACUGGAGGCAGAGUAGGGGGCGGGUAGAGAGCAGUUAGUACAAAGAGGCAGAACAGUGUCUGGUUUACUUGGCAUACACAGAAUCUACACUGCCAGUUCCAGAACUCCAAAGUUGGUGAACUAUAGCAGAUGUGCGUAUUUAGACUCCAGAAUUUAUACUGAGCUCAGUGCCUGGGGCUACUGUAGCUGCAUUGCAGCCAGGGGGCAUGCCAGCUUCAUUCCUCCGAGUAAGCCAGCCUUGGGAGCUGUGUGCCAGUCCCGGUGUAAGCAGCAGUACUGUGCUGUAAGAGGGAACAUUAAAGCCCAUUUUAUGACGUGUA